AUGCAACGUGCAUUUACAGACACGGCUUCGCUUGCUGCUCAAAUCAGUUUGUUCAACACUCCGGAUCUCAACCCCGGUGCACUAUUCACACUCGCUACACGCCGUCGCGCAAGUCAACCUCCAAAUCUGCCCCACAAGUGCAACCUCGACCUCUGCAAUCCAUACAAUCUCACAAUCCACACACAAUCCAACUUGCAGGGACCGAGUGGCAACCAAGGCAUGGUGACAAAGACUACCUCAAACGGCUGA